AUGCCGGGCCUGUAUUCAAAGGAUAUGGAUAAACGGUUUUUAAUGGAGAAUAAUUUGAGCUGGAAAGAUCCUUUCUUCUUUAUACAAGCUGCAGAUACACAGCUGGGGCUCAUGUACAACUGGGGGACGGACGGGACGGAUGGCGUACCAUACCCCGAGUCGAAUUGGGAUAAGGAGAUUGAAUUGUGUCGACAAUCUGUCGAAGUAAUGAACCGGAUGGAACCAAAGCCGGCGUUUUUCAUCGUCUGUGGCGACCUAGUCGACGCGUUUCCGGACCAGUAUCCGGAAAUUCGAGCCCGCCAAGAAGUGGAUCUGAAGAGAGUCUACAGUAAUCUGGAUCCAGAGAUUCCAAUGAUCUGUGUUUGUGGGAACUGCGAUGUGGGAAAUAGGGACAAGAAUAUUUUUAAGGUUUUUUUAUCAAGGGGAGGGGGGGCUCAGCACCCGUCGGGGCCUGAAAACCCCCUAAAAUACAAAAUAAUCCCUAAAAGGAUUCAUUUUGAAAAUGGUGCCGCAGAAGAACUAUUUUUUAAGGCGGAUGAAGAGAAGCAGUACUUUAAUCUGGACCCUAGCCUGAAGAGGGAAAAAUUGGAGGUGCUUCACGCCGCCGGGAUUAGGAAAAUAUUCUGUGGGCAUUAUCACAGGAAUGCUGGUGGUUUCUACCGCGACCUUGAGGUUGUAAUAACCUCCGCCAUUGGAUGUCAGAUCGGACCAGACCAGCAUGAAAGCAGUGUGGAUCAUGAAUACUUUCCUCUUCAAAGUUUCCCAGCUACUGUACAGUUUUAAAUAGGGGGGGGGUGUUUAUCCCCCUCCCACCUUCCUUGAAUAUGGAACGAUUUUGAAGUUCUGUUCCCAGUGAAAUGAACUGCGUACUGCAAAGAAUUGUAAACAAAAACAAAGUUUUUUUUACUUUGACUGAAUACUGAUAAUUAUGAAAACCUGACUGUACAAAGAAACUAUUUUUGUGAUUAAUUCGUUGAUUUUAUAAAUUUCGCGAGUUUGAACUUGACUCUCUGUAUUAUAUAUAUAAACCUUAAAUUGUG